AUGUCAGGCGCAAGCAUGAAGCGCAUUCAAAUCACACCAGACGGCUCCGGCCCACCUACAAAACUCGACACUGACGUUCCUACCUCUUUACCCGACGCCAAAGAAACCAAGAUCCAUCCUCAGAACGCCCCAGACGCUUCAACAAAUGCCUCCCUUUUCUUCGUUGGAACUGCCACCACAAUCCUAGAGUGGGAAGGCAUCCGCAUUCUCACUGAUCCCAACUUCCUACAUGCUGGCGAUCAUGUUCACCUGGGACCUGGCGUUGGUGCGACGAGACAGACUAACCCCGCCAUCGAUUUGGAAGAGCUACCAAGAAUCGAUGUGAUCUUGCUGUCGCACUACCACGAAGACCACUUCGACCGAGAAGUAGAGGAAAAACUGUCAAAAGGUCUCCCGAUCAUCACUACACCACAUGCCAAGGAAUGCCUGACAGGCAAAGGCGAGGAGUCGUUCAAGAAUGUGCAUGCGCUAGACUUCUGGAACAGCUUGCUCCUAGAUGUAUCGCAGUCAGACCAAACAAACAAAAGCGGUCCGAAGCCUAGCAUCAAAGUCACAGGUGUGCCGGGCAAGCAUGUACCCCCAGGUCCACUGAACGUCGCGAACGAUAUUCUUGGCGCUGUUCCACCUACGAAUGGCUGGAUGGUCGAAUUAGGGUACUCGGAUGGUUCUUCUAGCGACGGUAGUGACUUCGAGAACGGAUACAGGAUUUACAUCUCUGGCGACACGCUGAUGGUGGACGAGCUCAAGGAGAUUCCUGAGCGAUACAAAGAUCAGAACAUCGACCUGAUGCUGGUCCACCUGGGAGGCACCACGAUUCCUGGACCUAAGAUGCCGUUGCUGAUGGUCACAAUGGAUGCCGAACAGGGCGUACAGCUGAUGCAGCUCAUCAACCCCGACCUGACGAUUCCAAUCCAUUACGACGAUUAUGAUGUGUUCCUGAGCCCGCUGGACGAUUUCAAGAAGGCGGUACACGCGGCGGGUCUAGAUAGCAAGGUCGUGUAUCUGGACCGCAAGGAUCAGUACAAGUUCAACGUGAAGCAAGGACAGAAGCCGAAGCAAUCGCUGUAUUAG